AAUGUUUCUGACUCUUCCUACACUGACUGUCCUUAUCCCACUGGUGUCCCUAGCGGGACUGUUCUACCCCGCCUCUGUAGAAGAAAACUCCCCCCAGGACUGCACCAGCACCACCAGCCUGUGCUUUUACAGUCUGCUCUUGCCCCUCACCAUACCUGUUUAUAUGUUCUUCCACCUUUGGACUUGGAUGGGUAUUAAACUCUUCAGACAUAAUUAAUGUAGCCAGAGCCAAGAUGGUCUAUAAAAUAAUGAUAUGUUUUGGGCCUCUUUCUCUGAAAGCUCAGCUAGCAUUGAAAUCCCAUUUGGUUGGCAGGGAAGCUGCGCCUUGUUCCUGUCAGAGUUGGGACUACAGCAGACUGAAGCUGCAGCUGCUCUGCUCCCGCUCUUGUACCACGCCGAGGGUUUGAAGGAUCUUGGGCCAGUUUAUAACAACUGCUCUAUCAGAAGAAACAUUUUGACAAGAUAGUUUGGAGAUUAACAGGCCUAAUCAGCUGAUAACUUUAUUCUUUAUUUUCCCAUUUUAACAGUUAAUCUUUUGAAAUACUGUUUGUUUGGAUCCAAGCUCAUGAGGCAAAUCACAUGUGAGGAAUGACUGAAAUAAUCCCCAAGGAGCUUUUUAAAGAGUAGUUGUAGAGACGUGUAUUUGAACUAGUGUGAUAGAAAACCUUAAAAUGAAAUUUUCACAUACUUGGCAAAAGUCUUAGUCUGUAAAUUUACCUUGUGAUUAUAUGAAUACUAAUAAAAUGAGAUGACAACACCCA